AUGGACCCCCGGGGAAGCAUUGACAGUAUGGGGUAUGACAUAUCCCAGUUCAUGCCCCAACAGCCUCACCAGAUCUUCGGUGCCUACAACCCCGACGGUACUCCUAUACCUCCGACCUUACCACCAGGUGCAUACUUUGGAGAUCUGACUGAUGGAGGACUGGAUGAGAACGAUCCUAAGCGCCGACGUAUCGCUAGGGCUUGCGAUAUGUGCAGGAAAAAGAAAAUCAAGUGUGAUGGAAAGAUGCCCAAGUGCGGUCACUGCAUAAACUAUAAAACAGAAUGUAUCUUUACACAGGUGGAGAAGAAGCGAAAUCCUCCCAAAGGUGCCAAGUACAUCGAGGGCCUGGAGAAUCGACUCGGCCGAAUGGAGUCCCUAUUGCGCAUGUCCGGCCUGUUGUCUGAAGACGAGGCUGGCAAGACAGAUCUCGGGACUCUCGAGAAGCGCCUGGCUGAGAAGGCCUCUGCAAAAGAGAACGGUGCCAAGGCAACCGAAUCACCAGCGCCUCCGAAAAGCGGUGGGAGUUCUUCAGUACAUGAGAGCUCUCCGAGGCCUGGAUCUACUCGAGAUUCACAUGACACUCCUCGUGACACCAUAACCACACCAAGCACAGUCGACGGCGACAAGUCUCGGGAGGAGGUAGAGAACCUUUCCGAGGCCAUGUGCUCCCUGGUCACCAACAAUGUCGGUGAGACAAGAUACAUCGGAUCGUCAUCUGCGUUCUCUAUUUUCUCAAGCAAAGGUAUCGAGUGGGUCAAUGAGAAGACCGGAGAUACUUCUUUCCAGGAAACGAUCCAGAAUGCCGUCAACGAAGAUGACAACAAAUGGCAGUAUUGGAAACCUGAAGUGUUCGGCGACAUCUUUGUACGUCGCGUCUUCAAGCCGCUGCCCCCGAAAGAGGAAGCCCUGUCGUUAUUCAAGGACUUCUUCGAGAAUUUCAACUGCAUGUUCCCGCUGUUCCAUGAACCCACCUUCAUGCAUCUUGUGGAGAAGCAAUAUUCCAAAGAUCCCUACGAAGGUAGUGGUUGGUGGGCUAGCAUCAAUGUGGCGCUUGCCAUCGCAUAUCGCAUCAGAGUUAUGAGCAAUGUCGUUCCACAAGAAGAUGACCAGAAGGCUUGGUUGUACCUGAAGAACGCCUUGGGAGUCAUCACUGAACUAACCAUGCGCAACACCGAUUUACUUAGCGUUCAGGCGCUUCUGGGCAUGGCUUUGUUCCUGCAGGGGACACCAAACCCUCAACCCUCCUUCUUUCUCAUCUCAGCUGCCAUCAGAUGUUCUCACACAAUUGGUCUCCACAAACGUGGGUCAGCCUUCAACCUAAAUCCCAUCGAAGCUGAGCAGCGAAAACGGGUUUUCUGGAUCGCAUAUUUACUGGAUAAGGAUUCUUGUCUGCGAGCAGGUCGACCGCCAGCGCAAGAUGAUGAUGACAUGAAUGUCGAGUUACCGUCCGAGGAUCCUCCCGAUAAUAUUGGGAACGUCCCACUCGCCGAUGGAAAAGGCAAGAUCAACCUCUUCCGGCUCAUGUGCGAGUUUGCCAUCAUUUCCAGCAAAGUUUAUCGACAACUGUACUCCGUUCGAGCCUCGAAACAAAGCGAUGGUGAACUGCUCAACACCAUUGGCGAGCUCGACAGAGAGCUUGAAGCAUGGAAAGACAGCAUUCCAAUUGAUUUCCGCCCUGAGCACGAAAUCAAAACCUCCCACACACCACUUAUCCUACAUAUCGUCGUCCUCCAUUUCUCAUACUACAAUUGUCUGACCACAAUACAUCGGAUGUCUGUCCACCACGGGUAUUGGACUAGUCGAUUGUCCGAAUACGCCAUCCAAGGGCUUAAUGCCAGGCCGCUCAACCCGAGGGUCUUCUCUUCUGCGGCGCUCUGUGUUUCAGCAGCCCGCGCCUCUAUCCACCUCAUCAAAUAUAUUCCACAGGGUGACUUCGCCUGCGUAUGGUUGAUCCUGUAUUUUCCAGUUUCAGCACUCGUCACACUCUUCGCCAAUAUCUUGCAGAAUCCUCAAGACACUCGCGCCAGAGCUGACAUCAAACUAAUGGACCUCGUUGUCAACUUCUUAACCAAUGUCGCCCAUGACGAGGGUACCGGUUCUCUGAAUCGUAUGUUGACUGUUUGUUCGGAAUUCGCGCGGAUUGCACGCGUUGUGAUUGAUAAGGCUGAGAAGGAGGGGUCAAAGCGUAAGCGGAGACUCGUGCCAGAAGAGGUCCUCCGCGUCAACCAGUCAGCUAUGGCACAAGCCCAGGCUCAGAUCAAUGGAAGAGGUCCUGGCUCCAGGAGAUCCAGCGGCGCAGGUGGCUCUCCUCGGACUGCUUCCACUAUCCCCGCGACACAUUCUACGCCUGUCGCUUCCAUGAAUACUAACCCUCAAACAUUCUUCAAUAUGUCCAACUUCGAAAACAAUGACUAUGCUGACUUGCUCAGUCAACCUGGUUUAAGCCCAGACAUGGGACACAUGCCUAGUGCGACCAUGUCACCCCUCAAUGCAGGCUCUUUUCAACAACCUUUUGUGCCACAAGAUCUGUGGCAGAUGCCCAUGACAUUCGAAUGGGAUUGGGCAGAGUUUGGACAAACAGGCUACAACGACUUUAUAUUCAACGAUGGGACGAUGCCACGGCAAUGA